UCGCGCACACGAUUUGCAUAUUCUAUCAAGAUGUUUUCUUAUGGCGCUCUCAAUACAACAUGACUGAGAAAAACCAGCUGGUUUCGCUCAAUUUACAUGACGACGACUGAGGGAGACCAGAUACAACAAAAGUACAACCUUCGUGUGACACCCUUCUCACCCAGAUCGUUUGGUAGUGAUGAAAAAGCGGGAGGCUUUAAAGAUAAUCUAACACCCAGAAACAGGAUGCUACAAGAGAGCUUCAGUAACAUGACACUUGGUCAGGAGGAUAGCAAGUUCUCAUCAGAUACAAGGAAGAAUGUUGGCCUGGAUUCUGUGACCAGUCUCUAUUCCCCCUGGUCAACGUAUGGCGGAGGGACAGAGGAAAAUGCCCCUGGAGGGAGCUAUGGUUGCAACGACUCACAGGUUUCAAGGACAGGGUGGACCCCUACACAUUCACCCCGGUACCCUAAUCACAUGAACUUCAGCCUGGAUCUGGACAAGAGUGGCUCCAGUGAUAAGUUUGCCAUCAGUCAUUCCAGUGAGAGAUUUCCACUGGAUGACUUGGUCUCCAAGAUAUUGGAUGAUGAACAUCACCUGUUUGGAAUGCCUCCAUCGCUUCAAGAAUCUAACAGCCAGGAUUCACAUUCUCAGUCCAGUUCUGAUGUGUUCUCCAUGGAUGGGUCCCCUGGUUUUACUGGGAACAGUGUUUGGUCUACAGGGUUUGAAUCAGUUAAUCAAGGGGACAGAAGUUCCUUAUCUUACGGAAGUUUGGAACAAACCACGGAGAGCCUUCCCAUGUGGGAGCGCAGUAUAAGUGUAGACAGUGGAAUCUCACCAGACAAGACUAGACAGCUGAGUGGUAGUGAUGUGAUGGGUGAUCAGCACAGUGGGUUUGGUAGACAAGACAUGAAAGGAGAAUAUAUAGGUAGCCACUUGAGAGAGCAGAUCAAACAGAAUCAAGGGGGAAGGAAGCUCACUGGCAGGCAGAAUUUCUUUGCUGGAGGCACCAACCAACAGCAGCAGUUUGACCACCUCCAGUCACGCUCCCAUUCAUCAGGUCUUCGCAGUGAUGCAUCCUUCAGCUUUAACAAGUAUAAUAACCAUCUGCAUGAGACUCUUAAUAAUCAACAUUCCGUAAAUGCCCCCCAGUUUAACCCUCAACAAGAUAAACUCUUUCGUCCCAUUAGAAAUCAGUCUGAAAUGAAUCCUGGCAAAGUGAUGCCCCAAGGGGAUGUCCACCCUAGCCAGUCUUACAGUGUGGGUAAAUCCAUCUCCCAGCAAGGUGAUAUCCAGUACAACCACCACGGUGGAGUGGGGAAGGCAGGGCACAGUGAGCCAAGUCAUAUGCAACCCUUGCGUGUGGCUACUGGCUCACAGGGCUACUCGACUCCCAACUCCCAAGGAUAUUCCCCUGCCUCGGCGUGGCAGAGUCCAGGGGCCCAACGCUCUACUCCAACAUCCAGUGGAAGUUUUGCCAGUUUGGAAAAUCAGGCAUUUAUGGCCAACAAGCACGGUUUUCCCUUCCGGCAUAACAGAGGGCAGAAAAUCUCUGGACAGCCUAUGGCACCCAGCUCAGGACUGGACAGGAAUGCAUUUGCACACCUCAUGCACCAGCAGCACCACUUACAACAACAGCAGCAGUUUCAGCAGCAGCGGCCCAGCAGUGUGACGCCCUUUGAUCGUGAAAUGCUGCAUCACGUCAGAGAUUACAAGCAGGGAUCACCAGCAGAACUUGGAUCGCCUUUGCCACAUGGGAUGUCACCAGUGGAACAAGAUCGCAACUCGCCGUAUUUUCGGGAUUACCAGCGGAGUGGGUUUCAAAACUUGCCUCCCCAGUAUAGAGAAGAUUACCUUCCUCCAGAAUUUGCAGCUGCAGUUCAAGCUGCCGCGGCUGCAGGCUCUGGUCUCCCUCCUCAUCUCCAAGGUGUCAUGCCUAAGUUCCCGCCAAACAUUGCACCAGUCCCCUUGCCACCGUUUCCUCCGGAGGGCUACGACUUCUAUCCUUUUGAUCCCUACUUGCACGGUCGCUUUCCUCCUAUGGUAGGACCUGGGGGAGAACCUCUUUUCUGUGAACUGCCACCACAUUUUCCAUUUGGAUUUCCUUUUAUGGGACUCAAGCCACAAAGGAGGACAGGGCCGUCAAAUGAGCUUCAUAUUCGUCUGGAAGACUGCUGUGACCAGUACAAGUACUUGGAAAAGGAGAGGAAGAAGACUGAGGCAGAUCUUGCCAGGUGCUUCCCUGGGAAGAAAGUGUCCAGUGCCAACAACACAGUGAUCCCCAGGUUACCCUCCAACCCCUCCAGGGUGGACAGACUGGUGGUGGACUCCCUCAGAGAGCAGGCCAGGGCUGUGACUUUGAUCACGAAGAUGGAGAAGUUGCGGAAUGAUCCCUUACAUCCCAAUAUCCAUUCUGCCAUGGAGAAGUGGAUGGAAGGCAUCCGCAAGGUUCAGGCCAGGCGUAAAGAAGAGAUUGUCAAUGCCACCAACCGCCAGAGAAAUGGAGGACCUAGAUACCAGGAGGAUAAAGAUGUGUUGGCCCUGGCUGCAGCCAUCCAUGAGUUGACCACCCACACCCGCAGAGCCCGCACUGCCCUCUGGUGUGGCCUCCAGAUGACCACCAAGGGUAUCAUAGUCCAGCAGAUCACCCAGGUCAGCAGGCAGCUUAGCACGUCAGGGGGGUCCCUGGCCCCAGACCAACAGAACCCAGUGGGUAGCAGCAGCAGUCUGGUGAACAUCCCUGGGGUGUCUACAGCUGAUGUCUCCCAGGCUGACAGUCCCAGUGAUAUGGCAGUGCUGGCCAAGCAGAUUGCUGUGCUGAGUACGUCUAAGGAGAAUGUCUCCGCUGUGUCCAAGGCUCAGGCUACCACUAGUGAAGAAGGGAGUGGAGACGGUAACGAUAACAACAAUAACGAUCACCCAAAGAGUACCAGAGGUCAACCAAAGUAACCUCUUAUAUUGAGUACUGUUAUUUAUCGCUUGAUCUAAGUUUAUUAGGGAAAACUAAGCAUGCUUGCCUUUUUCACAUGGUAUUAUCAACCUCAAAAUCAGCCUUAUUCUUUGACGCUCACUGGAUUUGAAAAAGAGUUCCAAAGUUUGAUGGCAAAGUUAAUGCUUGUUGCAUGCAGUAUCUGUGACAAGAAUUAGCAUUGAGCUAAACUUUAUGGAGUAAUACUCAAUUAAGUUUGAUAUAGAUGGUUAAUUAUAUGUUAUAAAGUGUUAAGGACUUUUCUGAACCCUCUCUGUGCUCAAAUGCUGUGUGUGAUUGUAGUACAUCGCAUAUUGUUCCAGUCACUAAAUCUAGGGGGGAUUGAAUAGAAUAACAUGGCUUUUGAAUGCUUCAGUAUAAUAUGGGAUUAUGAUAGAAACCAAUAAGCAUUUUGAUAUGUUUAUUGUUGAAAGUAUUAUGACAAGUCUGAUGCUAGUCUACUAUGAUUGUGAUAGAUUGCAGAGUACCAAACUCUAAAAGAUGUAUUUGGUAUGUUGCACGGUGUUAUAUAUUUGCUUUCUGUGCAGGUUAACCACUGUUAUUACUCUGGAGUGGUUUCUUCAGUGACAGUUCUGCAAUAUGUUCCAUUUUAUAAUAUUUCAGAUCCGGGUAUUGAAGAUGAUCUCUGUUUCUCUAUCACUGAAAAGUUGUAGGGAUUUGUCAGUGGAUGUAGGACUAAGAGUGUGUAAUGGAAUGUGUUGUGGCUUUGCUAUUUAUUAAUUUACAUUUACUCAGAUUAUGUUGCUAUUAUUGUAAUGGUUAUUUAAUUACCCUGUAUUGUCUGAAAGACAUUUAUGGUAUACCAGCCUUUGCAUUAAACAGUAUAUUUUCUUGAUAACUGCUAAACAUUGAUCUACAUUAUGCCUGCAUGGCAUGGAAACUGGAUAUGCUUCAACACACUGAUGAUGGAACCAAUGACGAUUGAGUGACGACUACAGCUUUGGUAGAUAUUUUCCAAUUCUUACACAAAAGCUGUUCUACAGUUUCAUUUUCUUUAUUUUGUUUAGACUGAUAAUUCACAUGGUGUAUGUGUCUCUUCUGAGGCAAAGGUAAUUCUGUAAUGCUUGGUGGAUGCUCAUGCUGACAGGGAUGCAGCUGCUUGGAAACUUUGGUCUGGCACUUGCAGAAAUAUUUGGUUUCAGCAUCAGUGGAAAUAAUGGAGUGUCAUGACUUGCUGCUCAAUUAUGAAAAGAUAUUUUGUGCCUGAAGUUACCUUGCAGACUGCAAAUCCUUAUAGUAGAUCAGGCAGAUAGUAAACAACACAUAGUGGCUGUGAGUGUCAUUUAUUCUCCAGCUUUUAAGGACUUUAGAACUAUCUCUCCCAAGGCCAAAUAACUGUAUAUGUAGCUAGUAAUGUAUAGGAGAUAGAUAUCACUGUGAACUGUACUAUAAUGUAUAUAGAAUUAGAGUUUGAUGAAGUUUUGACAAUGCUGGUUGAAAUGUUAGUGUGCAAUUUUUGACAUUUUUUCUCAAAAGCAAUUCUUUAAUUCAGCUGUUGUGUUAUAUUGUUGGUUUACUUAUGUUUUGAUGCCGGCACAGGUGUGUAGGUGUUCAGAUGAUCACUUGUCUCUCUGUGUGAGCACUUGAUACUGUAUAGAAGAGACUGGAAUAUUUUAACAGAUAGUUUAAAAAGGCAUAGAAUAUGGUCUCUGAAUAAGGAGUUGAGUGAACAAAUAUUGUCACAAUAUAUUCUGCUUUAUCUCAGGUAAACUGAAAUCCACCUAUUCUGUAUAUAGAAAGGAAUAGUGUAUUGAAGCAUUGAAAGAGGGAUGAAUGUGUAGAUAUAAAUAUUGCAUGUAUUAAUACAUGCAAAUGCAGAAGUAGGUUAGUCUGGCUUCUACCUGUCUAACAAGUUAGUUCAGUUAUAUAUAUAUAUUUUUUUGCAAGACUAAAUUAGUAUGUGAAACAAUUACUUUAAAUAACAAGAAGACCCAGUUACAAGGGUACACCCACUCACAGCACAUUUUUCAGGGAGUGUAUAGGACAUGCAUAUGAACUCCAGGUAUAUGGCAUCUAAUCAAUGGUGUAUCUAAUUAAUUGACGAGUACUGGGAAACUGAUGUGCACAAAACAACGAAGUAUACCUUUUAGUGCUGUUGAUGAUUAGGACCUAGAGUUCGAUUUUUCUAGAUUCUUCAUCUGUGAGUUUUGUACACGUUGUGUAGACAGGAGCAACAUCAAGUGGUCUGAAGUCUGUGAAAAGUGUAAAAAUAAUUUGGUUAAUAAUGGUUGUAGAGUUAAUUUAGAUGCCAACAUAAUAGAGGCAUCAAAAAUUCUGCAUAAUAUUUUAAUGUGCAUUAUAUUAUUAUAUGCUUUCACUGCAGAUAAGUGUUCAGUGGGAAAAUCAAAUAUUCUGCUAUUAUUAUUUCAGUAUCUGUGUCACUAGUACAUGCUAAACCAGUGAUUUUAAAACAUUGCCAAAUAGCUUUUCUCUCCCUUUAAACAGUUCACGUAAAGCUAUAUUUUGAGAUGAUAGUUGCAAUUUUUCAAAUGCUUAUUAUUUCUAUUAUCUAAAGAAUGAUCCAAUUUUUACAAGUUCUAAAUAAUGAUAAGAAUUAAAGCAGAUUGUUAAUUAAAGUAUCAGAUUAUGGUUACAGAGUGCAGUGAGCAAUUCCCAGUAGCUAAGGCGUCAUUUCCAUAGGAAUAUUGGAUCUGUUAUUACAAUUGGAGAUUACCCACAUUCCAUUUCACUGAACAAAAGAGAUAUGAGAUAUAUUUCCAGACUUGUGAUACUUGUAAUUACCAGAGACUAGUGACAGUUUACUUCAUAUGUAGAUUAAAAAAAAGACUCCAGUUGCCAAAUCAAAUACAUAUUAUUAUGUGAUACUGUAGCUAAGCAACCUAGAUAGUUAUAUGAUGAUGGGGCACUUGGUAUGACACACUGGUUGACAUUACAUCACACUAAUAUAAGUCAUAAACCUAACUGUUCACAUGCAUCUUUUAAGAAACUCCUACUCCCAAGAAUACACAUUAUUCAUGAUGGAGAGCAUUUGAAAUCGAGGACUGACGCUGCAUACAAUGUCAGUGGUUCGUGUGUCUUUAGACUAUCAGAGAUCUACUGUUGUGUGUCAUAUUCCUACAGGUAAAAUGCCAUACACUGCAUUAACCUUGGGAGAUGCAUUAAGUAUGUUUCGAUUCUUAGUAAAAUAUUUAAUAGUGUUAUGCAAAACCGGUUCCAGUGCUUAAAGGUUCAAUGUGUCAUUAUCUAUAAUCAGACCUAUAGGCUGGUAUAUUUAUUUUUGUAAUGUUAAAGGAUACAGUUGAUAGUUAUCCAGGUAUUGAAUACACAGAUAAAAAGUAAAAUAAGUAUGAUUAUUAUAUACAUAAGAAAUAUCAGCUUUAAGGGAUCUUCUAGAUAGACUUGGAUUAUAUUUAAAGAUGUGUGUUAGUGGAUAUUUAGAUAGUAAAGUUCUUGAGCUAGAAACUGAGUCUUACUGCAGUAAGUAACAUGACGCUUGUGAUGCCUACCUUGUCAUAUUCCAUUUUUGUAAUAAUCAGAAUUGGUCAUUAGAACUACCAUGCAACAGAUUACUUACUGGUGGCAUUUUUCUGCUUCUGGUAUAUGCUACAUUUAGAGAUGUUUUUCAUUUUGUUUGAAUUCUUGUUUUCAUUAUACUUAAAAAUAGUCUCAUGUAAAUCCAGAUGACGACAUUUUAGUGGUCAAACUUGGUUGUCACCAAAGGUCUUUUUGACAUUGAGCAUUAUAUCUUUGUGAUACAGAUGAGCAAUCUGGAAAAUAUACCUGUACAACUAUUGCUAAUUUAUAAUGCUUUAUGGGAAACUGCCUUUUGUCACCAAGAGGAGCAUAAAAAGUCCUGUUUUCUGGUAAAAAGGAGUGUGUUGACAUUUGGUAUUGGUCUGUAGAAAGACUAGGAUAUCUGACAGAUUUAUGCACACUACAGGUUUCCUGUUUUACUGAAUACCAUAUAAGAUAUAGGGUAUGAGGAGAUAUAGCUAAGGACUGUCGGGAUGAUGGAUAUAUAGUUGUGAGAAAGAUUUUAAUCCUUUGGUAAAACACAGCAAUGGCAUAUGUCUGCACUGAGAUUUAAUCCAAACGAAUUGGAAUAGUUUAAUAGGGCUGAUGGGAAGGGUCCAAUUUGGUUCAGUAUCUGUCCAGUUAAAAUUUGUGCAGUGUCACAGGGAUCUGCGGUUUGUUUGAAUUAUCACAAUGGGUUGUGAGUGGUUGUUGGCUUUCUAUGGCUUAUAUCCCUGUAGUGAUAUAUGUAUACAUAAAAAUAUAAGGAAAGCACAUGCGGCAGUCCUUAUAGUAAAUUUAAUCAGGGUUUUGUGGAGAUUCUACAGUUACUGGGACAUGUAUUAUAUUUAAGCAGAGUGUUUUGGUAGUCUCACAUAGUAUGUAUAAAUAUUAGCAUAUAAUGUCAUGUAUUUUUGCAAAUCAUGUUUCAAGUUUUGAAGAAGUUCAUUAGUUAUGUGUGUGUAUGUAGUAUAUUAUUAGGAGUGUUGAAAUUGGCGAGAAAGGAAAAAUACUGGUUUGUAUGUAUUCAGCACAAGCUUGGAUUAGAAGUACGGUAUUCUGCCAGGAUACUUUUUUGACAUUGGCCAAUAACCUUACACAUCUGACUUGAGAGAAAUUUGGUACUAAAUAUAUUUUUUGUUGAUACUGGUAUAUAUUACAGUAUAAAUUUAAUUGAAAGUUUUCAGAGACAUAAACUAAAACUACAAUCUUUUAGAAAAUUGGAAUGAAAUACAGUUUAUCUUGUAAAUUUAUUUACAGUGGGCGAUUUUCCGUUUCGCAGUUAUUUGUAUGGUGAAGUGUCUUUCAUCAUUCAGUCCUGUGCUGACCCAUACAAACCAGAGGUCUACCUUGUCUUCUGACCAUGUUCUCACUCUAUGAGUUGGAUUCUAAUUAUUGUAUUCAAGGUUUAGAAUUUUUGACAAUUUUUCAUGUUCUGUAGUUGUUUUUAAUCAAGGUUUAAAGUUGUUCACAGCUGCUAUUAUUAUUAUAAUUAAUAUUAUAACUGCUGUUCAAGUAGCCUGGUCAUAUUGAUAUUUAUCUUUUAUAUUUAGCCAUUUGAUGCAGUACAAAGUGUGAUGAGUAGACAGCUACUAGAGAGCUGUGGGACUGGAUUCUAGGUUGAUAUAUAGUGCCAUGCUGGGGACUUGUGGGAAGGAAUUGUGUUGGAUUCUGAAAUUUUGGUUUUUGUCUUUAAAAUUUGUCAUUUUUUAAAUCGGUAGCUCAGUAAAUUUGAAAUGCGUUGUAGUUUUUGGCAAACAUUUGUUUGAUUUUCACAGUAAUUUAUGCAAUACUCAUUCAAAUUGUUUGUGAUAUGACAAGUUUGAGAUUUUUUUUUUUUUUUUUUUUUUUUUUGUGAAAAGAAAGAAAUAGAACUUUUUUGGACUGUUUUUAUGUAAGAAAUAAGCUACCAUUUGCAAGUCCUUUUCAUUGUUAACAAAUUUUCUGUCCUUGUGGUAAAAACUUAAAGGCAUAGGGGUGGAUUGUACUGUGUAAAAACAGGUUUUGAUCAAUAUGAUUUUCACGAUCUUAUUCUUUCAUUCUAAACGACACCUCAGUACAAUUUUACAGGUCACUUUGGGACUAACAAAAUUGAUAAUCAUGCCUUGCCAUUGUUAGCCUGUCUGAUUUCACUUUUUACUUACAAUUAAGAAAGUUAAAAUGUUUUAAACAUGCCAUAGUUACCAAUCACGAAACUGUAUUUUAUUCAAAGUAUUCUCCCCUUAUGCCUUAAAGCAUUUUGCUACAAAUGGAAUAUUUAGUAUAGGAUCCCAAACCCAAGCCUGUUAUUUAAGUUGUUGAAUUUUAUUUCAUUUAAUAAUCCAGUUGUUAACCUUUCUUGGUCCUGCACAGUAAAAGAGCUAUGCAGUCUAUUGAUUAUAGAUAAUGGUCAUUCCACUCUACCUCUUCAUCCAUUGAUCUUGUAGCAUAUUAAAAUGAAAAUAUAUUACAAUAUUUUAUAUCUCUGUGCCUCGAAUAAAAAAGAAGACUGUGAUAAUGAAAACGUGAGGCAGUGGAUUUUGUUUCAAUACACUACAAGGAAAAAAUCAACAGUUAGAUGUGCCAAGGAAUAGCCUUCCACAUUUCAGCCAAAGUAGACAGUUGCAUUUCAUUUAUGUUUUCAAAUUUGUUUUUUAAGUUGACAUUGACUGUAGUCCUGUAAAUCCAAAUGUUGGUGGCCAGAUCUGAGAAGUUGUCAGUGCUAAGAGAGUGCAGGUCCUCCCAGCAUGGUCCCAUUGUAGGAAAACUGGUUCAGAUUAGGGUUUGUUGGAUUAUGUGUAUUAACUUAUAUUUAAGAAAUUUUGUUGUGCAUUUAUUUUUUAGCCAGCGAUAUGUAAUGAUAAAUGGAUAGUCAGUGUCGAAGGUGUUUAUAGCUACAGUGGGGGAUUGUUUUUGGUGAUAUUUGGAUAGAAAAACAUGAUGGAGUUUAUGCUGAGGAUACUUAGGGUCAACCAAACAGAUAUUGUAUAAAGACAAAUCAUGCUGUUGAUAAUUGGACUGUGCCUCAUCCAAGCAGAAGCCUUUCAUCAACUCAGCUACAAGCCCCUCUGGAAGGAAAGUAGCUCGGUUGAGGGAGGGCUUGUCCAAUGAAUUUUACUUCACAUAUCCACUUCUGAAGGUUAAAAAAAAUGUUUACUAGAAACUGACACUGUAUGGUUUUAAAAUAUGUAUUUGGGUUCAGUUUGAACACCCACCCCCACUGGUAGCAGGGAUGCUAACACUGAAAGAGCUAUGUAAGUCAUUGGUGUAAUUUCCCUAUGCAAACCAUGCUGCUAUGUUAUCAUAUGGCUACAGGAGGUUUGAAUAUUAGUUUAUGGUUAUUAGGUGUUUCUCCAAGCUGGUGAGUGUAGAUCUAUAUUUGUAUUUAUUAUUACCAAGGUUUAACACUUUGUUGGUGAUUUAAACUUAGUUCAUAGUUGGAGUGUAGUAUUAUUUCUUCAAGUGUCGGUUUGAUAGAUUUAGUGAUAGAUUUAUUUGCCAAGUGGAUUUAUUAGAAUUAUACCAAUUAUUUAUCUUCACUGUAUCAUUUUGAUAGUGGUGACUUAUCAUGCCUUCAAUUCAAUUUGACAUGUGGAUUUGUAUUUUUUGCAUUUGAUUUGACUCUGAAUCUGUGAGCCUGUAAUGGGAGUAUAUAGUGUAGUAUCGUCGGUGGAUUUAACAAUUGACAGUGUUCUGUCUGUGGAUGUAGUGGAUAUUCGAGUUGGCCAAAUUUUCUGGGCACUAUUUAAUAAAUUAUUGAAUUUUGUGCAAAAUUGA